AUGGCGCAGGAUUCCUACACAUUUCUGUCCGAUGAUUCUGCAACAGACGACGCUGCAAACAUUCGCCUUAUCUCUUUCGUGAACCAGCGCAUCAUCAGGGACGGAAAUGAAUUUGAUGUCUCAGCAAAGGAGCCUGGCCUUCUACCAAGCUGGGCCCUACUCGACCUUGUGUACCGCAUAAGCCUAAUAAGUCACUUUGCUGGAGCUGCCGGUGCCUUUGAUAAUGAGUACAUCGACGAAUACGAUCAAGAUCCUGAGGAACAAGGAUUUUAUGAAGACUUCUACGAGUCGCACUCUGAGGAGGAGGUCGAUGUAGUCGAGGGUGCUAUCAUUGAGUUAGAGGGAAUCGCCAGACAAAGGGCGAAUCAGUCGGGAAACCUGGGGAACAGAGAUGUAUAG